AUGAAGGAGAGAAGAAUUAGUGAAGCUUCGGCUGUGCGCUGUAAACUGGUGUUAGUAGGAGACGUGCAGUGCGGUAAAACAGCUAUGUUACAGGUGCUCGCGAAGGACUCUUACCCUGAGACAUACAUCCCAACAGUGUUUGAAAACUACACAGCUGGCCUGGACAUAGACGAUCAGCACAUAGAGCUUAGUCUAUGGGACACAUCAGGUUCACCGUAUUAUGAUAAUGUCAGGCCACUCUGCUAUAGCGAUUCAGAUGCUGUGCUUCUGUGUUUCGACAUCAGCCGGCCAGACACUGUCGACAGCUCUCUGAAAAAGUGGAAGUCUGAGAUCAUGGAUCUCUGCCCCAGCACUCGCAUCAUUCUGGUUGGCUGUAAGAGGGAUUUGCGCACUGAUGUGUGCACACUGAUGGAGCUGUCCAAUCAGAAAAUGGUACCCAUUUCUAACGAACAGGGGUCCUUGCUGGCGAAGCAGGUGGGAGCAGAGGUGUAUCUGGAGUGUUCAGCAUUCACGUCAGAAAAAAGCAUUCACAGCGUGUUCCGCUCUGCAGCAGCAUCCUGCCUGAAAAAACAGCAGCCGCCCGUCAAACCAAGCCCCGCCCACCGGAAAGGCAUUUUGCACCUGACUAGUAGGACAGACCUUCUCCGCUCCUCUUUCAGCAGAGAGAGAAGCAAGAGCUGCACUGUCAUGUAAAGCAGACUUUCCCAAGACCGACCUACAAAGAUACGAUUUUACAUUAUAAGGGGAGUGGACAGGUUGUGACCUUUGACCCCUCUUUUCCACUCAUUUUUUUGCCAUUUUCAGAUUUCCUGUAUUUUUCAUGAUCAUAGAGAAUGGACACUGCUGAAGGUUUGGUUUCUAACUUAAAAGCAACUGUCUAAACUUUACUUGAAUGCCAUGUUGUAUCAUUGGGCAUUUUAAACAAUGGUGUGUAUAAAUUGGAGAGUGGACUGUUGGUGCAUUUAAACUGUAAUAAAAAGGCUUAUCAUCAUGAACCCUACUGAGAUUAAUGUAAUUUCAUGUGAAUAAUUUUACAUACUUGGGUGACUGGGGCUAAAACCAUAUAACUUAAAAUUGCAUGUGCACUUAAAACUGUAAUGGGCAAUAAAACUGUGCCACAAAGUUAAAAGAACACAGGUUUGUGUAUAUUUGCUUAGCUAUGAAAUUGAAGUCUCAGAUUGUUAAUCCAGACCAUACUAUAGUAUGGUGUGCAAUUGCAGUGCUGUAAAAAGUUCGUGCCCUCUUUCCCUGAACUAGUUCUAAAAAGUAUCAAAUACAGAUGCAAAACAAAGUUAUUAAAAUCUACCAGUCUGGAAAUGGUUACAAAUGCUCUGGGACCCCAGUGAACCACCGUGAGAACUCUUUAUCUUUAUUAAAUGGAAUAAUCAUUUUAAAGCUUCA